GCAUAAGAUGAGGGACACGAUAAGACACGAGAUGCCGCGAGCGUGCACAGGACAAGGAGUGAGGAACCAGAUCCUUGCUUGCAUUGGCGGAGCAGCAUCAUGCCUUCCACGACAGCGCAGCAGAAGCCCCACGUCGUGCUGGUGCCGUUCCCGGCGCACGGCCACAUCGCGCCGCACGUGCAGCUGGCGCGCGCCCUCCGCGCCCGCGGCGUCCACGCCACGCUCGUCCACACCGAGCUGUACCACCGCCGCCUGCUGCGCACCAAGCAGCAGCAGGCCACGGGCGGCGACGACGCCCUGGACCCGGACGAGGGCUUCUCCGUCGAGGUCAUCCCGGACGGGCUAUCGCUGGAGGACCCACCGCGCACGCUGCGUGCGUACCACGAGGCGAUGGAGCGCAACUGCCUCGAGCCGUUCAAGGCGCUGCUGCGGGACCUGCUGCUGCCGCCCACCGGCGUGCCGCCGGUCAGCUGCGUCGUGGCCGACACCCCGAUGCCGUUCGCGGCCGUGGCGGCGCGCGAGGUUGGCGUCCCGGACGUGCAGUUCUUCACGGCGUCCGCGUGCGGCCUCAUGGGCUACCUCCAGUUCCAGGAGCUCUUGGCGAGGGAGGUCAUCCCUCUUAGACCCACCUACGAGACCGACGGCUCCCUCGACGCCCCGCUGGACUGGGUGCCCGGGAUGAAGGCCGUGCGCCUAAGGGACCUGCCGACGUUCUGCCACACCACGGACGCCGACGACUGGCUUGUGCACUUCCACGUCCACCAGAUGAAGACGGCCGCCGCCUCCAAGGCCGUCGUCCUCAACACUCUCUACGACAUGGAGAAGGACGUCGUCGACGCGCUCGCGCCGCACUUGCCGCCCAUCUACACCGUCGGCCCGCUCGCAAGCGUCGUCAAAGCGUCCUUGCCCGCUCCUCCGCGCGGCGCCGGCGACGACACCAGCGUCCCCGCCGCCGGCUCGGUGAGGAGCAGCGCCAUGCUGGGCGUGUUACAGGAGGACAGGGAGUGCAUGGCGUGGCUCGACGACGGCAAGGCGGCGCGCUCCGUCGUGUACUUGAGCUUCGGCAGCCACGCCAGCAUGGGCGACGCGCGGCUCAAGGAGAUCGCGUCCGGGCUAGCACGCUGUGGCUCUCCCUACCUCUGGGUCCUCAGGCCAGAAAUGGCCGCCGCGGUCGAGGUCGGCGAGAACGGCCUCGUCGUGCCGUGGUGCGCGCAGGAGGCGGUGCUGAGCCACCCGGCCGUGGGGCUGUUCGUCACCCACUGUGGGUGGAACUCCAUUCUGGAGAGCGUCGUCGCCGGCGUGCCGGUGCUUGGAUGCCCCGUGCUGUCUGAGCAGACCACGAACUGCCGCCAGGUGUGCACCGCGUGGGGCAUCGGCGCCGAGCUGCCGCAGGAAGCUGGCAGCGACGAGGUUGCGGCGCUCGUGAGGGAGAUGAUGACCGGGAGGAAGGGGAAGGACGCAAGGGAGAAGACGCUGCAGUGGAAGAGGCUGGCUCAAGUCAGUGCACAACCAGGGGGGCUAUCUUACAAUAAUAUUGGUCGGAUGGUGGAGAAUAUCCUACUCAAACACAUCUGACUUCAAAUCAUGGUCAUGUUUUUGUCAUAGCGACUGAGGGGAGAAAGAUCGUCAAUAACCAACAGCUGAACCGUAUCUCCCUGAUCCUAUAGCACUAUUAAAUUAAAUUCUGUACCUAGCAUUAAAAUAUCUCAUACCAUAUAGUCCAAUAUAAAUAAAUCAGUUCAUAUUCCAC